AUGACCCCUGACUGGCACGAAGGUCACCAAGAAGGAUUCUUUGACAAUUUGCCGCCGCUUUCCAAGCGGGUGCCGAUCUGGCACCAAGGCGAUCGCGAGAAUCAGACGAUCGGGGCCAUCAGUCCGUGGCUGGGCAUCGACAAUGUGGAGUGCGAGGUGUCGGCCUUCACCUACUUGGUGAAAACGUCGCACACCGCGAACUGCCUCCCAUCGCUGAGCUCUUUGCUGUCGUUGUGGGCCCCGUGGGACGAUGACCUUUCGGAACUGGUCCAGUUCCACCUGAUUGUGUUCCAAUGGGAUGCCUACAAGGACAUUCUGAACACGAUCCAGGACGACGCGGUGAACAUGACUGACGACGGCAACAUCCCCGCGGAAAAUCGUCACCAGACGUUCGUGACCAUUCACUAUCUCGAGGCCUCAGACUUGAUCGACACCAUCGGAGGGCUCAACAGAAGCCUCAUGGCACUCAGAGCAGAUCAUGAGGAGCUCCUCGAAAGGUUUGAAACCUAUCGAGAGUACACGGGGCGCAUCAUGGAGUACAUCGCCAGCAGAGACCCUGCAAUGGCCGGACCCUUCGGCCUCCUUCUUCGACCUGAAGACCUUGCGCCAGAGCGCACACAGCAAGGGCCAGUUGACCGAUAG